AUGGCGGAUCUUUCGAAAUACAAUCCCGGCCCCUGACAUACCAGAGGCGGCGGCGGCGUCGCCACCCGGGCUCCCUCCUCGGCCCCCGGGUCCCCUGUAGCGCUCGAGUUCGGGCAGACUGGGAAAGGAAGCGGCUGGCCGGAGCUACCGUGCACAGGCAAAACAAGCACCGCCCGGGCUCGGAAUUGCCCGGGACCUUCUGGAGCCCCCACCUCGGAGCCGGAGGGAGGAGAAAGCGGCAGCCGCUGGAGCGCCUGAUCAACUUUCUAGCUGGAGAACGAUCAUGGAGGUGGUGCCAGCUGAGGUGAAUAGUUUGCUUCCAGAGGAGAUAAUGGACACUGGUAUAACUUUAGUGGAUGAUGAUAGUAUUGAGGCUGUUAUUGUUUCAUCCCCAAUUCCCAUGGAGACAGAACUGGAAGAAAUUGUCAACAUAAAUUCUACUGGUGACUCUACAGCCACGCCCAUUUCCACGGAACCAAUCACAGUGUACAGUAACCACACUAACCAAGUUGCAGUGAAUACCACAAUUACUAAAGCAGAUUCUAAUACCACAGUGAAACCAGCUUUUCCAAGUGGCCUUCAAAAACUUGGUGCUCAGACUCCUGUGACUAUAUCAGCCAAUCAGAUUAUUUUAAACAAAGUAUCACAGACAUCAGAUCUUAAACUUGGCAAUCAGACCCUUAAACCAGAUGGACAGAAGUUAAUUUUAACAACUUUGGGCAAGUCUGGUUCACCAAUUGUUUUAGCACUACCCCAUAGCCAACUACCCCAGGCUCAGAAAGUUACAACUCAGGCCCAGUCAGGAGAUGCUAAGUUACCACCGCAGCAAAUUAAAGUAGUUACCAUUGGAGGGAGGCCAGAGGUGAAACCUGUCAUUGGUGUCUCAGCAUUGACCCCAGGAAGUCAACUGAUUAAUACAACAACUCAGCCCUCUGUGUUACAGACCCAACAGUUAAAAACAGUACAGAUUGCUAAGAAGCCUCGAACACCAACCUCUGGUCCAGUAAUCACGAAGCUGAUCUUUGCAAAACCAAUUAAUAGUAAAGCAGUUACAGGACAGACAACUCAAGUAUCACCACCAGUCAUUGCAGGUAGGGUUCUUUCACAGUCUACUCCCGGGACUCCAUCAAAGACCAUAACAAUAUCUGAAAGUGGUGUUAUUGGAUCAACUUUAAAUUCUACAACACAGACACCAAAUAAAAUAGCCAUCUCACCUUUGAAAUCGCCAAAUAAGGCAGUGAAAUCAGCUGUGCAGACCAUCACUGUUGGAGGCGUGAGCACAUCACAGUUUAAGACAAUUAUUCCUCUGGCAACUGCUCCCAAUGUCCAGCAGAUUCAAGUGCCUGGAAGCAAGUUUCAUUAUGUCCGACUUGUUACUGCCACAACAGCCAGUAGCUCCACCCAGCCAGUUAGUCAGAAUCCCAGUACAAACACUCAACCUCUCCAGCAAGCAAAGCCAGUGGUUGUUAAUACCACUCCCGUGCGGAUGUCAGUUCCUCUUGUCUCCGCGCAGACUGUCAAACAGGUUGUUCCCAAACCGAUCAAUCCCACUUCACAAAUAGUUACCACCAGCCAGCCACAGCAGCGGCUCAUCAUGCCUGCCACACCACUGCCACAGAUCCAGCCAAACCUCACUAACCUGCCACCAGGCACUGUGCUGGCCCCGGCUCCGGGGACAGGGAAUGUGGGCUACGCAGUGCUUCCAGCUCAGUAUGUUACUCAGCUACAGCAGUCUUCAUAUGUGUCUAUAGCAAGCAACUCAAACUUCACCGGAACACCUGGUAUCCAGACCCAGGCAAGGCUUCCAUUCAAUGGCAUAAUACCAUCAGAGUCUGCCAGUCGGCCCAGGAAGCCCUGUAAUUGUACAAAAUCGCUGUGUUUGAAAUUAUAUUGUGAUUGCUUUGCAAAUGGUGAAUUUUGCAACAACUGCAACUGUACUAAUUGUUAUAAUAAUUUGGAACAUGAAAAUGAAAGGCAAAAAGCAAUAAAGGCAUGCCUUGACAGAAAUCCAGAAGCUUUUAAACCUAAGAUAGGGAAAGGAAAGGAGGGAGAAUCAGAUCGACGUCACAGCAAAGGAUGUAAUUGCAAACGAUCAGGAUGUCUUAAAAACUACUGUGAAUGCUAUGAGGCAAAAAUAAUGUGUUCCUCAAUAUGCAAAUGUGUUGGCUGUAAGAAUUUUGAAGAAAGCCCAGAACGAAAGACACUGAUGCACUUGGCAGACGCAGCUGAAGUAAGGGUACAGCAACAGACGGCAGCGAAAACUAAGUUAUCUUCUCAAAUUUCGGACUUGCUUACUAGGCCAACACCGGCUUUGAAUAGUGGAGGAGGAAAAUUGCCAUUUACAUUUGUAACUAAGGAAGUAGCGGAAGCCACAUGUAAUUGCCUUCUUGCCCAGGCAGAGCAGGCAGACAAGAAGGGAAAAUCAAAGGCAGCAGCCGAACGGAUGAUACUGGAGGAAUUCGGACGAUGUUUGAUGAGCGUCAUCAAUUCUGCAGGCAAAGCAAAAAGUGACCCUUGUGCCAUGAAUUGCUAACUCUUGCACAAAAGACUGAUAAAUGGAACUGUACAGAAAAUUGAAGGUCCAGGGACACUUGAUUUUCUGGAAGAUAAUUUAACAAUGAUUGUAUUGUUAAUUCAGUCCUUGUGUGACCUGAAGUUAUAAUAUUGAAAGAAGAAAUUUUAAAUGAGGAAAUUAGUACAUUUUAAAUCUUAGUUAAAUCUGUUUAUGCCCCUUCUAAAUUGAGUUUUUCUCUAUUGUAUUAUAUAGAUUUUUAAUUUGCAUGGGUUUCUUAAGAAUUAGAUGUUCUAUCCAUCUGAUGCUGUUGACAAAGACAUUUAUAAAUUAAUAUAAUUUAUAAUGUAUGGCGUUGUAGGACUUUGCUCCAGUAGAAAAAGCCAGAGAACCAUUGGUAUUACCCAGUCAUUCUUUGGCACUAGACCUAAGCAGAUAGAAUGUCUACAUGAACAAAUUCUUAUGAAACAUACUCAAAUGACAUUUUUGUGUUUAGAAAAGCACUACCUUUUUAAGAAAAAACGUUUUAGCACAGAUUUGGAAUAAUAUCGUGUUGUCACUUUGGGAAUGUCAGAAGGGGAAGGAAUCCAUAGGCAUACUUUUAAAAUUAAGAAGUUGUUUUUUAAGAAAAACUGUUAAGGGACAGGCAGUAGUUCUUGAUAGGCAAGGUGUUUCUCUAAGAAAGAGUGACUAAGAAAUGCUCUGGGAUGUUUCCAUUUUCUUUGAAGGAGGUGCUGUGUAUUUGAAAUGAUAUUAAUAAAUUGUCAAAGUGAUUACUGGGUACUAUUAAAAGUGAGAGGUGCAUAUGAAUAGAACUUAUUAUGUAGUGAUAAUACAGAAACUUACAUAAUUAUCAGGUAUAAAAUUUGCCUUGGAGAAAUAAAGAACAUUGAAGCUCUAAUAAAUGAAUUGAGGGAAAGACUUUUCAUCUAUACAAUUCUCUUUAUAGACUUUUGAACUAAGAGGUCUCAAUCCAGUGUAGGAGUCUUAUUUGAUUUACUGAAAGGGCCUCCUAACAAAGCUCUCAAAAUUAUAGUGGGACUUCUUUUUAUAAGGGAAGCUUAAAAUGGCAUUAUUUUUAGCCAGUGAUUUGAUAAGCUGAAGGUAUGAGUGUUUUCUUAUUAUUACUAAAAUAACCUAAAUCAUUUUCACAAAUUCAAAAUUCAAGAGCUUUAUGAAUUUAAGAGCCUGUACGAGGACUCUGGAUUUUAUGACAAGAAAAACCAUGUUGGAAUUCAGGCAUUUUGUUAGGUACCUUAAUCCUCAGUAAUUAUUAGUAUAUGAUUAUUACAUUUCCUACAAGGAAUCUAUAGUUGUAUGUAUUAAGUGUGUAUAUAUGUUCAUAUGAACAUGCAAGAUAUAGGCAAUAGAAAUUAAGUAAUCCAAAAGAAGAUUCCGUUAUUCAUUGAAGUAUCUUCCUUUUGAAAUUUGGAUUUAUAAAAUUAUAGUGCAGUAACUUUAAAUGUAGAUAGUGCAAACAUUCUUAGCACCUCAAUCUAGUAUGUUUAAUUAAAAUUUGUAUAAAUGUAAAUUAGUGUAAGAGGAUAAAAUAUCUAAUCAAGUUAUUUUUCAAAAGAUUACAAUACCUUUUUGGUCUAAACCUAAACUUUGUUCAUUUUGUACAUAUUCUGUGUUUAAUUCUAAUUGCACCUUUGUGAUGUGUAUUUAUAUACAGUGUGCAGAAAAUGUUUGUGAAAUUUGGAUUACAAUUGUAGAUUAUGUAUGACGGCAUUGCUUGAGAAUGUUUUGCUUGUAAAAACUUGAAGGUGCAAUCAAAUGCUACUAGUUUUUCUGAUUUUCAAGAAGCUAUCUAAAGUAUUAAGACUUUCCUUCCUGCGUAGUACUUACUAAGCAACUUUUUGUAUUUAGGUAUUUGCAUCAAAUUGCUGAACAAGAUUAAUAUCCACAUUAAUUCAACAAUUUUAAAAGACUAUUUGGGGAGGGUUGGGUAUAUAAUUUUUUUAGCUCUAUUUACAUCCCAAAGUAGAAAGAUUAAAUUUAUAUUUACUAGAGCUAUUCGAAGAAUACACUUUUCUAUAUUGUAAAAACAGGACAGCAAAGUAAAUCAUACAGAAAAUAAACAUUUAUACUAUUCUGUAAAAAAAAAAAAAGUUUGUUUUUUUUCUUUAAGAACACCACUUUUAACCAUUUAAUGUACCAGAAAAGAAACUUAAAAUAUCUGAUUUUAAGUAAAUUUGACAUUACUUCUGAAAGCACACAAAUAAUAAGUAUAAUUUUGCCCAAUUAUCAUGAACCCAAAAUUGCUUUGAAAUGAAAAUAGGCCUUUUUUCCACUGUGUAAGGGCAGAAACUCAGUCUACUCUUUCCUUUCUUUUUUGACGUUUUUCUUUCUUUUUUAAUGUUUGAUGUUUUUAUGGUGAGCACCUUUCUCAGUUUCCUUUUCUUUCAAGAACAAAAAGCAACCUGUAGGUCUUAUCUGGGAAACAAAACCUUAAUGUUGCAGGUAAUAAAACAAGCAGAGCAGCGACUUUAGGGAGAGACUACUGCUUUAGCUUCCCAGUUCUUGGAUUCAGACAACUAACAUUUUCUAAAUCUUAUGUCAAAUGUGAAUAAAAAAAAUCUUUAGAAAAGUU